AGACCAACAUAAUACAUGGUGAUAGAAAUAUUUACAUAAUUUUGAGUUCUCUUUUGUUAUGGCAAGGAGAGCGCUCGAAGAAGCGAUAUAAGCAAUAUGAUUCGCAAAGGCCUAAAGAUAAAUAGUAUUGGAAUUAUGACAACAAAUAACGAGCAACAUACAUUCCAAUUGGAGUUAAGAGCCAGAUACGCGUCUUCAGACCAUAAUCGUUUCCUGACUUGUUGUCUACAGAGGAUAAAAGACAUAUGUAGUGAUUCAUAUAACAUCAAGAUAGAUGUCGAAAAUAUAAAAAUUCAAGAAGUAAUUAUCUUAUUAACUUUUGUAAAAGAAAUAGUUAAAUCUUUUACAUUAUGUCACGAUCCCUGCGAAUAAUUCCAUUCGUAAAUUUACUUCUAUUCAGUGAUAUACUAUACAUUAAAGGAUAUAUUAUACAUAAUAAUACUAUAACAGUGCAAAAUAAUACUGUUGAAUCUGAAGAUAAAGAAAUAACAAUAAUUGACUUACGGCACAGAGCAAACUUAUUCGAAACUGAAGCAAAGAUAGCUCACGUUCUUAUAAUAAUCACGUACAUAAUUUUUAUAACAAUCAUAAUAAUAAGUAUUCGAUGGAUGAUUACUCAUGGAGCUUGUGAAAAAUACUUGCACUUUCCUCGGGUUUGUUUUUACAGACGAUCGGAGAAUGAACAACCUAACGAAUCAUUUGUCGAACUUGCUGCAGUGUAUAAUUAAAGGAAUUGUCAUUAGGAACAUAAGAUAAUUCUAUAAGUCAAAAAAUUUAAAGUCACAAUGUUAAAACAAAUUCCUACUCAUAUUAUCAGAACUACUAACAAUAUAAAAGUGCAGCAUAUUAAGUGUACAUUUUUGUAAAAAUUAUACUCUUAAUACUACCAUAUUAUUAAUUAUAUUAUUACAUACACACAUUAAUUAGAAAUUAUAUUAUUUUAUUGAAUCCAUAUAUUUACUUAUGCUAAUAUUCCAGGUUUUAUAUCUCUAAAUUCAGCUUUUAAAUUUCUUGUGAAUUAAUAAUGCAUUAAUAAUGCAUCAAAUUAAUUGUAUGUGUGUGUGUGGUACAUACUAUACAUAUCUAUUAAAUUAAUCGAUCAUAUUAAUUAAAUAAUAGAAUUAAAGUUUUAAAAAAAUAUAGACAAAGUUAAAAAAUGUCAAAUACUACUCACAUUGCAACAAUACUAACAAUAUGAAAGUGCAGUAUAUUAAAAUAUAUUUUUUGUAGAAAUUAAA